AUGUUUUCUAUUAUACAUGGAUUAAAAAAUUAUAAUCAACAAGCAAUACAAGCUGCAAGAUAUAUUGGUCAAGGGUUUUUAGUUACUUUAGAUCAUAUGAAUCGUUUACCUACAACUAUUCAAUAUCCUUAUGAAAAAUUAAUACCUUCUGAACAAUUUCGUGGUCGUAUUCAUUUUGAAUUUGAUAAGUGUAUUGCUUGCGAAGUCUGUGUACAUGUAUGCCCAAUAAAUCUACCAGUUGUAGAUUGGGAAUUAAAAAAAACUAUUAAAAAAAACAAUUAAAAAAAUAUAGUAUUGAUUUUGGAGUUUGUAUAUUUUGUGAAUAUGAACUUUCAACUUAUAAUCGUCAUGAAUUAAAUUAUGAUCAAAUUGCAUUAGGGCGUUUACCUAUAUCAAUAAUUGAAGAUUCUACAAUUGAAAAUAUUUCCAAUUUAACUUCUUUACCUAAAGGCAAAAUCGAAAGGCAUAUUUAUUCUCAAAAUAUUACAAAUAUUGUAAAUUAA